AUGACGUGGCUACCUAGGCUAGCGACUUUCCUCGAUCCACAAGCCCGCGAUACCCGCGGCCCCGUCUCCUCCGGGAACCGCAUCACAUCCUGGGACAACACCGUCGUCCACCGCGCCGUCCCCGUCCCGCCCCACGCCCGUCCCGGCAGGAAGCAGGCCUGCAAGGCUCUCGACGAUUUCGCCGAGUCCAUCUUCUGGGGAUUCCACAUGCCGGAUGAGUAUGCUGGCGUGGCCGGUAAGACAGGUGCCUACUGGGGCAAGGACGGGCGCUGGUCUCGCUUCAUGACGCUGACGCUGACGUUGAUGGAGCCGGUAUUCCGGGAGAAAACGCGCGGAGACCCAGAGGGAAGGCAAUGUGCGGUUGGGAUGGCCCAUGUUGUGAGUCUAUAA